CACGAGCGGCGGCUGCAGGCCGAAAACAUUGAGAGCAAAUACUGCAUAGGCCGCUCUUAGCAAGCGGACCCCCACAAAACACCCACUGACCGGAUCGGGUCAUGGCGGCGGAACCGUGCUCGCAAACUGAAGCCGAGCUUUAUUACCUGAUUGCCAGAUUCUUGCAGUCUGGACCAUGUCAGAAAUCUGCUCAGAUGCUGCUGCAGGAGAUGCACGAAUAUGAGAUCAUCCCGAAGCGCUGGAGCUGGGACGAAAAGCAAUAUAAGAGAAGCUUUGAGGACUGGGUGUUGUUAAAUCGGCACAUACCUGCGGAUUACCUCUUGCGUGUGUGUGAGCAGAUCGGCCCUUUAGUAGAUAAAAACAUUCCUCCCAGUGUACCUGGAGUCUGCAGUUUACUGGGUGCCGGACGACAGUCAUUAUUGCGGACAGCAAAAAGCACUUCACAUAGAAUAUGGAGUGGUUCUACAGUAGCUGCUCUUCACAGGGGACGGCCCCCAGAACCAUCUGUCAACUGUGUCAACCCCCCAAAUAUAGUUUCAAUCAUGGGUGGUCGUCAGAAAACAGGAGUGGCUCGGUUUGGCCAUACCUUCCCCUCCUGCACCUAUCAGCACAUGAAGAUGCAUAGAAGGAUUUUGGGCCAUCUCUCAUCUGUGUACUGUGUGGCAUUUGACCGCAGUGGACGACGCAUUUUCACGGGCUCUGAUGACUGCCUGGUGAAGAUCUGGGCGACAGAUGAUGGCCGUCUCCUGGCCACUCUACGUGGUCAUGCUGCAGAGAUUUCAGACAUGACGGUGAACUUUGAAAACACUCUACUCGCCUCUGCCAGCUGUGACAAGAUCAUCCGUGUAUGGUGCCUCCGGACCUGUGCACCUGUGGCUGUAUUACAGGGGCACACAGCCUCCAUCACCUCCAUACAGUUUUCUUCAUCAGCAUUAGGUUCUUCUCGGUAUCUGGCUACCACUGGAGCUGAUGGUAUGGUGUGUUUCUGGAAGUGGAACACGCUCAGCAUGAAGUUUGAUGAAAAGCCUGUGAAGUUUAUGGAGCGUUCUCGUCCUGGAGUUCAAAUAUCCUGCUGUUCCUUCAGCUCAGGGGGGAUGUUUCUGGCUACUGGAGGAACGGAUCACAUGAUCAGAGUUUACUACCUCGGAACAGAGACACCCGUGAAGCUUUCUGACCUAGACUCCCAUACGGAUAAAGUUGUAGCUGUGCAAUUCUGCAAUCACACAGACAGUCUCCGGUUUGUGAGUGGCAGUCGGGAUGGUACGGCUCGAAUUUGGCAUUACCAGCAGCAGGAAUGGAAAAGUAUCGUGCUGGACAUGACCACCAGAUUACCAGGGAGCACUGUGGUGCCAGGUGAUGAUAAAUCGACCAAGUUGGUGGUGACUAUGGUCAUGUGGGACCGCUGUGAUCGUUCUGUCAUCACUGCUGUUUCAAACUGCCUCCUCAAAGUCUGGAACUCGGCAAACGGCCAAUUACUACAUUUGCUGUCGGGUCAUGAUGAUGAGGUGUUUGUUUUGGAAACGCACCCCUUUGACUCACGGAUCUUGUUAUCAGCUGGUCAUGAUGGUAACAUCUACAUCUGGGACCUCAGCAAAGGCCACAAGAUCAAAAACUUUUUCAACAUGAUUGAGGGGCAGGGUCAUGGUGCAGUGUUUGACUGUAAAUUUUCUGUUGAUGGGCAGCACUUUGCCUGCACAGACUCUCAUGGCCAUCUGCUCAUCUUUGGAUUUGGGUGCAGCCAACCCUAUGAAAAGAUUCCAGACCAAAUGUUCUUCCACACAGAUUUCCGGCCGUUGAUCCGGGACUCCAAUAAUUUUGUUCUGGAUGAGCAGACACAGCAGGCCCCCCAUCUCAUGCCUCCGCCAUUCCUGGUGGACGUAGAUGGGAACCCCCACCCUCCUCAUUUCCAGCGGCUGGUACCGGGCAGAGAAAACUGCAAAGAGGAGCAGCUUGUGCCACAGCUCGGCUACAUGGCUAAUGGUGACGGGGAAGUGGUUGAGCAGGUGAUUGGACAACAGACCGCAGAGGAUUCUCAGGAAGAAAGCCCAUUGGAUGAUCUGAUUAGGCAGCUCCAGCUCCAGCACCAGCAAGAUGACCAAGUCAACUCAGAAAAUUCUGCAGGUGCUGAGGUGGUAGGUAGUCCUUUGUCCCCCCCUAACGUCGGGCUGCGACGAAGCGGGCAGGUGGAGGGCGUGCGGCAGAUGCACAACAAUGCCCCGCGCAGUCAGAUCGCCACUGAGCGAGACUUGCUGGCAUGGAGCCGCCGCGUGGUGGUUAAUGAAGUCCAAUCAGGCAUUUUGAGAGUGAUGGAGGUCUGCAGACUAGCUAAAGGAGAGGUGGAACGGGCUUUCUACAACAAAGACAGGAGGAGAAAACCUGCACUCACCACAACAGGAAGUGAACUGGUGAGUGAGCGUGUUCGCACAUUACGGAGGACUCAGCGUAAGUGUCAGCAGCGGAGACAUGCAUAUCAGACCCGCUCAACACAAGACAGAAGAGCGAGCACAAAUAUGCUCUCGUACACACGUGAUGAGGACAGCCUGGUUGAGUCUGACACUGAUGCAGAUCAGGAGGAUGACCAGAAUGAGAACAGUGAUGUGUCAUCUGAUGGGGAAGCUCAGUGGGAGAAUGACAGCAGUACCAGUGACUCUUCUAGUGAGUAUUCUGAUUGGACAGCAGAUGCAGGAAUCAACCUCCAGCCUCCAAAGCGAACAACCAGAAGGCCAGCACGCAUCGGUGGGAACAGUAGCUCAGAUGAUGAGGAGGAUGGGGCAGGGCAGGGAGAAGGGGAGGAAGCAAGAAGUAAACGGACUGAUAAGAAAAAGAAACCUAAACAGACACAACAGAGGUCUGUGCCUGCUGGAGAGUUAGAUGAAUUGUUGCCACCUGCUUGGAUCAAGGUGACAAUUCCAAGAAGAUCACCCUUUGUACCUCAAAUGGGAGAUGAGUUGAUAUAUUUCUAUCAAGGCCAUCAAGCAUAUGUCCGAGCCGUGCGUCGUGCCAAAGCCUACAGCAUCAACCCUCAGAAACAGCCCUGGAACCGCCUUGACCUGAGGGAUCAGGAAUCCGUGAAAGUAGUGGGUAUUAAAUAUGAGGUCGGUCCACCCACUCUGUGCUGCCUCAAACUGGCCUUCAUGGACACAACCUCGGGGAAAAUGACCAAUGAAUCCUUCAGCUUGAAGUAUCAUGACAUGCCUGAUGUAAUUGACUUUCUGGUGCUACAGCAAUUUUAUAAUGAGGCCAAAGAACGCAACUGGCAGCCUGGUCAGCAUUUCAGGAGCAUCAUCGAUGAUGCCUGGUGGUUUGGUUUAGUGGAGAGUCAACAACCAUUUCAGCCUGAAUAUCCAGACAGCCUUUUCCAGUGCUAUGCUGUCAGGUGGGAUAACGGAGAGAGAGAGAAGAUGAGUCCAUGGGAUAUGGAGCCCGUACCUGAAGAAGCUCUAGUCCCAGAGGAAGUUGGGGACAGUGUUCCGGUAACAGAGGAUGAGCUUCAGUCCCUUUUGUACACACCACAGCAGGGAGAGUGGGGGGAACACACACAAGAUGACGAGUCUGAGAGAGUCAUCACUGCCAUAGAUCAGCUGCUAACACUCGAUGUGGCAAAGGCAUUCUCCUGUCCAGUAGAUCUGAGAGCAUAUCCGCUAUACUGCACAGUUGUGGCCUAUCCCACUGACCUUGGUACUAUCAGAACACGAUUAGUGCACCGCUUCUACAGGCGGAUCUCGGCGCUCAUGUGGGAGGUCCGUUAUAUUGAACACAACGCACGAACAUUUAAUGAGCCACAGAGCCCCAUCGUCACAGCAGCCAAAACAGUCACCGACAUACUGCUGCAUUUCAUCAGGGAUCAGAGCUGUACUGAUAUCUUGGAUCUGUACAAUAAGAUGAAGACAGAAUUCAGAAGUUCAGCAGAGGAAGAGGAGACCGUGGAUGUGGACUCAGACACUCCUGGGACCUCCACUGGUCAAACGAGGUCAAAUAAUGUACCACAGAAGCGGGGUGUGUUGCUGGAUAUUAAUGCAUGGCACGGAAAAUGCAAGGAGCUUGCAAGGAGAAUGAUGGCAAGCCCAGACUCCGAGCCAUUCCGCCGACCUGUCGACCUCAUCGUAUAUCCGGAUUAUCGGGACAUUAUAGACACUCCGAUGGAUUUGGGAACAGUCUCUGAGACUUUGCUGGGUGGGAACUACGAGAAUCCCAUGGAGUUUACAAAAGAUGUGCGGCUUAUCUUCACUAAUUCCAAGGCUUACACGCCCAACAAAAAGUCUAGAAUCUACAGUAUGACUCUGAGUCUGUCUGCAUUCUUUGAGCAUCAGAUCAUUAACAUAAUCUCAGAUUAUAAAUCUGCUGUCCAGAAUCAGCGCAGGAGUCAACAGAGACUCAGUUACAGCAAGAGGUUACAGAGCUCAUUUCCCAACAGCCCCAAAGGGAAACAAAAAUCAGAGAAGAAAACUUCCCAAACGCAUUCAAAGUCUCGCUCACGGAAAACUUCUCAAGAUCUUACUGCUGCAAUUGAUGAAGAUGAUCAGCAUUCCUCUUCAUCCUCUUCAUCCUCUACCUCAUCCUCUUCAUCAGUGCAACUACGGGCCAACAGAGUUACACGCAGCCGAGAUUCACCUAGAAAAUCCUCAGAUGCCAAAGGCCUACUGCCAAAUGGGGGUCGAAGUUCACACAGACAAGUGGCAGUAACAGAAGCAGGAGAGGUCUCUGAAUCGGAGAGUUCCAGUUCAUCAUCAUCCUCAUCAUCCUUGUCUUCCUCCACAUCAUCGUCUUCAUCCGAGAGCGAGGACAGCGGGGCUGAAAUUGCUGGCUUUGCAGACGGCGGCGAUCACGACUACAGCAAAGCCCCUCAACACAAACAGAAGGGCAAAGCGGCAGUCGUCUCUUUCGACAACACAAAACGAAAGAGGAAAGGAGAGGAACAAACAACAGAACCUAUGAAACGAGCACGGACAGUGGAGGUACAAGCAGAGGAGCAGGGAGAAGAGGAUGAGCCUGAGGAGGAAGAGGAUGAGCCUGAGGAGGAAGAGGAUGAGCCUGAGCCUGAGGAGGAUGAGCCUGAGGAGGAUGAGCCUGAGGAAGAGGAGGAGGAGGAAGAAGAGGAGCCUGAGGAUGAGGAGGACAUUCCAACAAUAAACAGUGGAAGUCAGAGGUCAAAUCAAAGAACUGCAAAGUCAGGGCGUGUUAAUACUCGUAAUCAAGGUCGACGGACUGUUCUGUACAACGAUGACUCAGAAGAGGAGGGGCCAGUGACCGACCCGCUGAAUCUGGGAAUGUCACGCUCUGGAAGAGUCCGUCGAAUGACAGAAAGAGCUCGAGUUAGCCAUCUAAUGGGCUGGUCACACUGAUUUAAAGUGUUGACGUUUUAUGACUCGAACGCAGACUCACUACAGCAAUACUGCAGGGAUAUUGUUUUAAGAACUGUCUUUUUGUGACAAUUUUUUUUAUUAUUAUUAUUGUCUCUGAGACAUGAUGUUCAUGACUCUUCCUGGACUGUGGUGCUUUUUCUUCUCUGUGGUUUCCAUGGAAACUACCAUGCCAUCAACUAAUCAGCCACCUCUGCCUUAUUCUGGUCCAGGGCGGCGAAGGGUCAACUCUCUUCCGCAUUCACAGUUUAUCUUUCUGUCUGUUCAUCAUCACUUCCUUCUCCUGUACAACCCAUACAUUUUGAUUGUCAUCUUGGUGCUUUUGCUCUUCAGUUUCUUACUUCCAAGUCAUUUCUGUCUGUUCACCUUAUGAUGAUCAGAAAUAUGGUGCUGCUCUUAUUUCUCACUUCCUCCAGCCUUCAAGCAUUCUUUCCUUGUACAUUUUCACAAAUGUUUGGCAGUCAAGGUGUUAAUUUGCUGGCUUAGCCAUCCAAGGGGUCAUAGAGAACACUUUGUUUACCAUAUAAUGUAUCUGACUUGACUCUACUAUUAAAUCAGGUUAUGUAUUUACCUCGGUUCAUUAAUAUAAUAAUUUUUGGUCCUUGUUGGAAAUAUUGGUUGUUGUUUUUUUACACUUUGAUCAAGUGAUCAAAACCUCUUUGAUGCAUUAAAUACUUCCAGAUCAUGUUCAUUAUGCUUCGUCCAUCAGAGCGCAGGCACAAGGAGGAUUAUGGGAAAUGUAAGAGACGAGCACACUUCUCACUCUUAUUCAGAUACACGAACACUUUGGACUGUUUUCACAGAAAAUAUUUAUAUUUAUACACUUUAUGGUUCAUUCUUAUCUUACAGUAUGUAGAACAACAGUACUAAUGAUAAUGUUUGCACAUUUUAUGUCAAGUAUGUGGCAGCUGAUUGGUGCUUAUGAGGUUAAGGGGUCUGAAUCCUGGACUCCUGGUUCAGACAAUAUGUACAUUAAUUUUUUUUCUGUCACUCAUGAAAGACUGUAAAGACUGUUAUGUUUUUGUACACAAAAGUGAAAAAACUUCCCUGAAAAUAGAUAGUGUAUUUUCAGAAUGGUGCAUACAGAACGAUAUUGAUUGUAGAGAUCAGAUGUAGAGCCUGGGUUUGGUUUCUGGUGAGUCAGAGGGUGUGUGUGGUUUAUUACAUUAUCUGAGAAACAAAGGUUUGUACUUCCUCAUCCUCUCCCUUUCACUUUUGUUUUUCCCUGUAUUGCACUAUUGUGGAAAGCACCCUCUCCAUCCAAUUCCUAAACCCUUUCCUCUCAUCUGAAAGUACACAAAACAGCAGCCAGUCAUAAUGCAGAAAAGUGUUCUAAGCCAAUCAGGAUACUGUAUAUGUCCUCAGCCUCUGUGCCCUUCCCUUCAAACAGAAAGGAGUUGAUCAGACUUCUCAUUUUCCAUCUCUCAAGACCCAUUCUUUUCCUUUGUAUCAGGGAACUUUUGUCAUGCUGUGACCAGAAAAGCUUGGGUCUGUUUAAUGACAAUUAUAUUAGAUGGCCCUGUUAGAUGUAUUAAGCUUGUGUCCUUGUCUAUAUUUUUUUUUUUACAUGUUUGGGUUUUUUUUUUUUAAUAAAUGAGUAAAACUGGGUUUGUGAUUUGGAUUUUU